AUGUCAGCAUUUGGAAAUACAAGUACAAAUGAUACAGUAACGCCUGAUCGACAUUUUGUAUGUGGUUUAAAAUCUGAUGCACAGCCAAUCAGCUUAUCAAAAAAUGUAUCAACAAUUCUAGAAAUUAUGGAAAUAGCUGUAAUCUGUCACAAUCAAUGCUUUACUCAA